AUGAGAUGGUUCACGGUGAACAACCUGCUGGAAGCACGUCGUCCAAUUUAUCGAGUUAUGCAGGCAUUCUGUCUUACUUCAAUCACCAUUAAUUUUAAGGAUCUAACGGCCGAACAAACAACGACCGAUCAGCUGCGGCUGAUCGCGGGACUUGGCCUGUGCUGUGCUACGAUCUACUAUACUUACGGAAGUUUCCGAGUGCAGUUGCAAGAGAUGAGCGAUUCGAACAUUCUGAGUGUCGGUUUGUAUGGAACGACGGUGGUUCUCGUUGUUUCGCUGGUUACCAACAUCAUCGCAAACUACGCUAAUGGAACGAGAAUUUUUCGAUGCAACAUGAUUCUGAAUAAAUUCGACCAACAAUUAAACACAUAUUUCGGCUGUCGCUGGAACUAUCAGAAGGAACAUCGCAAUGGCGUGUUGGUCAUCGCAGUUGGAUACAUACAAUGGAUUUUACUGAUGCUAACGCUUAGAGGUGGUCGCGUUACAGUUGUUUUAGAGUGGCACACUGUAUUGAUUAGUAUGUGCUGCUUUAUCUGGGUAAUGCUAUCGUAUCAGAGUACCGGUAUUGUGUUCACCUCAACAAUCCAAUCGAUACGAAAGCGAUUUUUAAAACUGAACAAAUUGAUUAGUCACCUUCUACCAACUUCUUCAACGGUGGAUCUGCAGAGCAGGGAUCCAGAAACCUGCCGUCGAAUGAUCCGGAAAAUUGCCAUCCUCCACGAUCAACUGUGCGACGCGGUCGAAUUGUUUAAUCGAUGCUUCACCGGUCAGGCCAUGGUGUCACUGGCAACUGCUUUCGGUUUCACCGCGUUCUCCAUGUUUGGAUUGAUCCAUUCCUGCGGCUGCAGUUUGUUCGACUUUGACUGGUCGCUAUUUUAUACGAUAGCGAGCUCGCUGACAACCUAUCUCGUCAUUUUAGUUCAAUUUGAUUUGAUCAACUAUGUAUAA